AUGAUAAUAGCAGAAAAACUGGAACUUGCAGACCGCAUUGAGGCCUCAGCGCCCAGAGACUCAUUCAUAACGCUAAAAGACCACAAACCUGAUUUCAUAAAUAACCCGACCUGCAGACUCAUUAAUCCAUGCAAAUCCGAAAUUGGCAUCAUCAGCAAAAAUAUCCUCGACCGAAUAAACCACAAAAUCACACAAGCGACUAAAGUGAACCUGUGGAAAUGCACCAAAGAAACCAUAGAAUGGUUUAAAGAUAUACCGGAAAAGGAAAAACACGCAUUUAUCACCUUUGACGUCUGCGAUUUUUACCCAUCCAUAUCUGAAGACCUGCUACUGAAAGCAUUAAACUAUGCCUCACGAUUCACCACCAUCACACAACAAGACCGCCACAUCAUCACUCACGCGAAAAAGUCACUCCUUUACCACCAAAAUUCUCCAUGGACCAAGAAGAACGCAAACAACAUGUUUGAUGUCACCAUGGGCUCUUACGACGGAGCAGAAACGUGCGAGUUAAUAGGCGCCUACAUGUUAUCCUUGAUAGCACCAAAAUUCAAAAAAAUGAAGUUGGUCUGUACCGAGACGAUGGCCUCGCAAUUUGCAAGGCCACUCCAAAAGAAAUUGAAAAAACCAAGCAAGAAGUCUGCCAAGUGUUCAAAUCCAAUGGCCUUAAAAUCACAAUCGAAGCUAACAAAAAGGUCGUCAACUUUCUUGAUGUGA